AUGGCGUCGAAUGACGAGGAUGAGCCACUUUUAAAUACAAUUGUAGAUAAUUCGACUAAUGCCAAUCGUCGAUGUCCAACAUGUCAAGGAACAGGUCUAGUAACAACAUCACCCGGCCUCGUUGCUUUGAUUCCACUGGAUGAUGUUCGUCUUAAACGAAGACAUACACUUUUAUGGAUUGUAUUAACAGCGAUUUUUUGUACAGCUAUUGCCACGACUGUUAUUGUCACUAUACUACCACGAUCUGUGCAGUUGUCAAUAAAAAAUCCAAUUAUUAUCGAUGCUACGGAUGAUUCAUAUCGUAAUUCAACCUGUUUUCGUUUGACAUUUAUUCAUCAAACUAAUAUAAAAUCAGAUAAUUGGAUACCGAUUCAUUUAAUUAAUUUAACUACAUCAGUUGAACAUCAACUUAUACCAAUUGGUCCUGAUACAGAAAAGUUUUUCGGUCAUCAAAUGUAUUUAAGACCAUUGGGCACUAUACAAUCAAAUAUUACUGUACAGCUUGAUUUUGAUGCAAGCACAAUGGCUUAUCGUGCUUGUCAAGGCAUAUUUCGACAAAUGCUUUUAUUUAAAUUACAAACAACAUUAACCUACGCAGAUUUUCUUCUUGGUAGAAUUCAAACAGCCAAUAAUGUUUCCUAUCAAUACGUACUGUGUAACAAAGGGGAAUGGAAACAACAUGAAAGUAUUGUAGUAAACACGACCAAAACUGUUUAA